AUGAAUUUUGUGGUCCGCCUUCCUAGCGCUCUUCAUAGGGUCGCUGAUCUUCUGCUUUCACACUGCUGCAUCCACAGUACAUAUGUAGCGAAAGUCACCGAAGAGUUAUCUCAUUGCCGAACACGGCUCGAUGCAGGCGUCCAGGAAAACAAGAGAAAUAGAGACCUCAUUCAAGGACUCACUAACCAGAUCCAGAAGUUUCGCGAGCGUAGUGCCCAUGACUCGGCUCGACUGACAUCCACACCGUCCUUACUCGCUACAUCGCUUCCUCAACUCAGUAUCGAUAUGGCAGCUUCGUCUCCAUAUAUCGACUACUACCAACCGCCGUCGCCCCUGUACCAUUCUAGGAGCCGUUACUCUCGAAACAAGAGCCUCACUCGUCUCGAUCUACCAGCCAGCUCUGCAGCGCAAUCCACAUCAAUCGAACUUCGUCGCGGCUAUUCACCCCGAUUCAAAUCGUCACCACGUUUGUUACACUAUUCUGAUGAGCAUUUAAAUCUGGAUAAUCAACAGAGCAUUGAUGAACUCUUUGCACGGCUGAGGAACGAACUCUUCAAAAACAACACACUCGAAGAGAUCAAUGAGAUGCUAAGAGAGGAGAACGAUGCUGCGCUGGCGGUGAACGACAACCUCAGACAUGAUGUAAUGGAACUCACACGAGCUCUCGAGAGUCUUGAGCAAGGUCAACGCAAUGAUCGGGAGCGGUUUCGAGUUGAAAACGCGAGGUACCGCAACCAAGCAGAACAACAACAUCGUCAGUUGAUCGAGCUGUGGAAGGCAUUCACCGCCAUAAAAAGGAAGGUUCGGGAACUGCAUACUUCAACCGCUAGCGAUUUGGACAAGCAAUUGACCGAGUUCACCAGAUGUGCGGCUGUGAUGAAGAAAGCGAUCCGGCAUGCCGAGUUCAAGAACAACGAAUUGCGAACAAAAAUGGCAAAGGAGAAAGACGAGGUGCUUGAAGAAGUAAUGAUGAAAUAUGAAGCCCUGUCAAGUACGCAAAUCGAGACAGACAAGCAGUUGUCGGAGAAGGUGCGUCUGGUGCAGCGACUUCAGGAUGAAUUGAAUCGAACGAAGGAUAGGAAUGAGGAAAUGGAAAGCGCCUUCGCCCGGAUCAGCAGCAUGACUGAAAUUAGCUCAAUACCGCAACGACCUCGGACGCGCAGUGAAAGUCCAUCUUACUUGCAUUCGGUCAAUGACACAGUUCGCAGGAUUCGUUCAGCCUUUUCAACGAAGUCCGCAGAAGUUCGAGAGGCAAAUUCACGGGUAGAGCAAGCUGAGGUAGAGGUCAAUCGACUGAAGAAACAGAUUGAGCUUCAUGAGAAGGAGAAGAAAUCUCUGAGAGACACUGGGAAAAGACGGGAAGAAGAAGCAGCGGAGAGAGAGCAGAAGUUAUUGCAAAUGGGCCACGAUAUUCGCCGCCUCACAGAUCGUCUACAAGCCGCUGAAGAGGAGAAAACCAUGAAGGAGACCCUGCUGAGUACAAUGCAAAAUACUCUAGCAACUACACACAGAACUCAUAAGGAAUUCAUCGAAAACUUGAUGUCGAAUCAUCGUGAUGAGUUGGCAGCCAGAGACACGAAGCACGAGAACGACUUGGAAGAGAGGAUCAAUGAGGAGCGUUCGCGUCUUAAUCGUAUGCAAGCAGAGGUGGAUCGGGGACGUACGGAAGCGGACGCCCUUCGUCAGCAGCUAAGAGAUCUCAGAGCGGAACAUGCGGCAUCCCUGAAGACGUCAGAAGAAAGAGAGUCUACUAUCACCAGCCUGGAAGAGAAGCUGUCAAGUUUGAAAGAUCAGCUUGACAUGGAGUUGUCAAAGUUAGAUGGCAAAGACAAUGAAAUUGCUGAACAUUCUUUACGAUGUGAUGAAUUGAUGGCUAAAAAACAGCAACUGGAACUGGAACUUGAUGAACAGCGUACCUCGAAUGCGACGCUAUCUGAUGAGAACAAAUCGCUCCAAGAGCAAAUCUUGCAGUUCCACACCGAAAUCGACCAACUCAAUGAAAAAGUCGAGUCUGCUGACCAAUCCGAAGAAGAGCUGAAAAAGCGUCUGGAGGAGACAAAACAGUUGAACGUCACUCAUGAGCAGAAUAUUCAAAAGUUGAAGAAUUCUGUGAGGAUGCUACAAGAAAAGCUGGAAUCGAAUUUGACGAAAGAGAAGACUGAUGAAUGCGCUGAAAUGCUCAAACAAGUGGAAGAAGUGAAGAGAGAACGUGAUGCACUGCAGGACGAUAUUGCUUCUCUGAGAAAUGAGAUUGCCACAUUGAACGGUCGUAUUGUACAGGCAGAAGGUGACGCAGAGAGGAGACGUGCAGAGGACGAUGAGAAGCUUUCAAUUAUGGAAGAUUUCCGUGUUAAUUUCGAUCGCCUCACAAACGAAGGAAGGCAGAAGGACGUGCAAAUCGAUGACCUGAAAGAGCAAGUUAAAAUGCUGCAGUCUGAAAUACAAAAGAAAGACGAAUUGACAAAAGAAGAAAGGUCACGUUAUGAGGAAAGCCUAAUUCUCAAAGAGAAGCAACUCGAAGAAGAUUGGGUUUCAAAACUUCGAGAGACGCAAGACGAAUUGACUCGUAGCGAAAAACUCGUGAAAGAUUGGGAGGUUCGAGUAGAUCAGUUGACUAAAAUGCACGAGAAGUUGGGAGAUGAGAAACAAAGCCUCAAUAGGGAGCUUGCGGAACUCAAGGAAAGGCUGCAAGAAACAAGUGUGAAGCACAAGGUUGAAGUGGAAGAUCUCGUCGAGCAGAACACGAUGGAUCGUGAGGAGUGGGAACAUGAGAGGCAGCAAGUUAGUUUUGAAUGUUGA